GGCCUCUCUUCUCUUUUCACUUGGACUUUCUCUCCUCCAUCUCUUCUCUUCCCAUGGGCGUAAUCCAUUGGUUACAAACCCUCACCACCUUCACUUUUCUCUUCUUCUCCUCCACUUCACCCUUAACCACUCUCACUCCACAACCCAGUGGCGGAGCAGUGAGGCAGCUUAGCCGGGAAGAGAAGGAGAAUGCGUCGCCGCUGGUGGCGGAGGAGAAGAGGUUCGGGGGGCCAGGGUCGUCGCCGCCCUCCUGCAGAUCCAAGUGCGGCUGGUGCAGUCCUUGCCAACCGGUUCACGUUCCGGUCCAACCCGGUUUCAUCAUACGCCUCGAGUAUUACCCAGAAGCCUGGCGUUGCAAGUGCGGGAACAAGCUUUUUAUGCCAUGACAUUAAUUAAUUAUUAAAUAAAUUAGUAUAUAAACUAGAAGAAAAAAAAAAAAAUCCUAGUACAAGAACACAAACGUUGCCAGAACCGAACAUUGCAGGCACCUGCAGCCAUCUUAAAUUUCCCCUUUUGGCUUUUUUUUUCUUCUUAUCUCAGUGUUAGUGCCUUUCAUGCACUUACUAAUGUUGCUGAGGUUGGCUUGUUUAUGAGUACUAUGUUUAUAGUAAUAUUGAUGUUUAUAGUAUUGAUUUUUGGGUUAGCCUUUUGUUGGGAAUAGAAGAUGUUCAGGUGUGAUUACCGAGAGGAAUAUCUUAAACCUUUCUCUGCUUUUAACACAUAACACUACUACUUCUCUCUAUAUUUGUAUAUGAUUUCAUUCCCUUUUUGGUUUAUGUUUGUGGCACCUCUCAUUACCCUACCACCCUCUAUUAUUAUUACAAGACAAUAAAGGUUCUGAGUUGUAUUUAUCAGUAGCUCCUCUUCAGUUAAUAGAGGUAGGGAAGGAAGGGAAGGGAGUUUAUGCUACACCUCAUUGUUUUAAGGCAUUAGGUAUCUGAGCUUGUAUUAUUAAUUUUUUUUGUUUGGUUUAUGUACUGUGGGGAUUUAUUGUUA